GAAAGCAAAAAGAUGGCUGCGUCCGCAGUAGAAACAUGCCAUGUCGCUUGUUGUGCAAAUCGUACCCCACAUGUUCUUUCGUGGGGUAGAAAUGGGAUUAUUGCUUUUGGCACUAGUGGGUCUGUUGCUCUGUAUGAUCCUCAGAACUACAGAGUUAUUGCUACCCUGAAUGGACACACUGGAAGAGUGAACUGUGUCCGUUGGGUUCCACGAAAUGACUAUGGCCCUGAAACUGAACUUCUCUCUGGUGGUACUGAUAAUCAGAUAUUAAUCUGGGGGAUUCAGGAUGGUAAGUUCACAAAGACUGGGGAGCUUCUUGGUCACACUGGUCCUGUCAUGAGUGUACAUGGGAUUGAUCAGAAAGAGGAAGGCUUCUCCCAGAUUCUCAUUGCUUCAUCUGCUUCUGAUUCUACGACCAGAAUUUGGAAUAAGCAAGGUUCAAAGACACAGUGCCUUCAGACUAUAUCCUUUGGAAAUGGAUUUGUGAUGGAUGUAUCUCUGGCACUUUUGCCAGGUACUACUGUUCCUAUUUUAGCUUGUGCUGGUGAUGACAGGAAAAUCCAUCUAUUUAUAAGCCAAAAUUCCCAGUUUCACAAGGUUCAUUCCUUAGUAGGACAUGAGGAUUGGAUUCGCGGCGUUGAAUGGACUGUCUGUGGUAAAGAUAUAUUAUUAGCCAGCUGUGCUCAGGAUUGUGUAAUCCGGCUCUGGCGAGUAUUUAUGAAGACAAGCUCAAGUUUUGAUAAUGCAGAAGAUACAAUCAAGCUGAAGCAGGAUGAUUUUGUCUUGGAAACAAAUGGACAUUUAACAACAUUUGCAGUUACUUUGGAGGCUGUACUGGCAGGCCACGAAAACUGGGUAUAUGGUAUACAUUGGCAGAAUCCCCUUUUGAAAGAAGAUGGCAGUAUUCAACAGCCAAUGUGCUUACUUUCUGCUUCAAUGGACAAAACUAUGAUUUUGUGGGCUCCUGACGAAGAGUCUGGUGUAUGGCUGGAACAGAUUCGAGUUGGUGAGGUUGGAGGAAAUACUCUUGGAUUCUAUGGCUGUCAGAUUAGUCCAGAUGGGUCUUUGAUAAUUGCUCAUGCAUUUCAUGGAGCUCUACAUCUCUGGCGCCAGAAUAAUUUCACAAAGGGAGAGUGGACUCCAGCUGUUGUUCUUUCUGGGCACUUCGGUAGUGUACAGGACCUAAGCUGGGACCCUCAGGGAGAAUUUAUAAUGAGUGUUGGUUCUGACCAGACUACUCGACUAUUUGCACCCUGGAGAAAGAAAGGUCAAACAAAGGUAUCAUGGCAUGAAAUAUCCAGACCACAGAUCCAUGGGUAUGAUUUACAGUGUUUAAGCAUCAUCAAUGGCUUCCAGUUUGUCUCUGGUGCUGAUGAAAAAGUUAUCAGAGUUUUUAGUGCUCCAAGGAAUUUUGUGGAAAAUUUCUGCAACAUUGCUGGAUUACCUUUAGAAAAGGUUCUAGCUUCCAGUAAUUCAGCAGAUCUCCCAGAAGGUGCCAGAAUACCAGCUUUAGGACUCUCAAAUAAGGCUGUUUUUCCAGGUGAUUCUAAACCUGAAAAAGAUGAAGGCCAGUUUUCAAGCAUUUCUAAUCAGUAUUUGGAAACUUAUUUCCAGUCAGUCACACUCGCAGAGCCACCAACAGAGGAUCACCUUUUACAGAACACCCUGUGGCCUGAGGUUCAAAAGCUGUAUGGUCAUGGAUACGAGAUAUUUUGUGUAGCCUCCAACAGUGCAAAAACAAUAAUGGCUUCAGCAUGCAAGGCUUCAAAAGUGGAUCAUGCAGCUAUAUUGUUAUGGAGUACCUCAGACUGGAAACAACUCCUCAGCCUUCCACUACACAGCCUAACAAUCACCCAAAUGGCCUUUUCUCCAGAUGACAGAUUUCUCUUGGCAGUGUCUAGAGACAGGACAUGGUCCCUUUGGAAGCAUCAGCCGCAGUCCCAUUCUGAAACUGGUACUUGUUUUAGUCUUUAUGCUCAUACCAAUAAACAGACUGCCAUACACAGCCGAAUUAUCUGGACGUGUGAUUGGAGCCCAGACAGCAAAUAUUUUGCAACAGGAAGCAGAGAUAAGAAGGUUAUAAUUUGGGGAGACUGCACCUCCAGUGGAAAUGAUUCAGCAGCUAUAGUUCCCUGUUCUUCAGUACUGGAUGUUGGAGAUUCUGCAACUGCAGUUAGUUUUGCAUCAGUCCAAAGUAUAGACCAGAGCUAUAUCCUAGCAGUUGGCUUAGAAAGUGGAAAAAUAAUUCUAUUUAAGUGGAAGCCGUGUGUCAAUUUCCCCAUGAUUGCUGACUGGCAUAAAUGUGUAGAAUUCAACGAUCUUCAAUGUCAUACUCUUUCAAUCAAGAGACUGCGCUGGCGACCUUGUUUGGGCAGAGCUGGCACUGAAGAUGACCCCAAGAGCAGUGAAUUUCUGCAGUUUGCCAGUGCAGGAGCUGAUAAUUGCGUCAGGAUAUUUAAUGUAAAUCGACUCUGUCUUUAAUUCACAGAACAUGAUGUGUUUAAUGCUCCAGUUUAGAAUUCUCAUUUCACAGCAGUCAGCAGGACACUGUUAAGCUCUGAGCUUGUCGGUUUAGGCCUGCAAUUUAGGCAAUUUCUUAUAUUUCUUAUAUGUACAGACCUCUUUAAUGUAUCUAAUAAAUUGUAUGUCAGCAUUUUA